UCUACAUUUUUUUAACAAAAUUUUAUAAUUAUGAAAGAAUUUAUUGUCAUUCUAUUUCUGCUAAUUCUGAGUAAUUAUUUUUCUAAUUUUAUCAUCCACGCUGUAAAAAUAUAUCCAUAUGGACCGGAUAAAGGGGACGAAGUUUUAGACAAAGGGGACGACAGAAGCUCGCGGGAGAUCAAGUCCUCUGUUCCGUUUCCUUUUUUUGACAAAAUUUACCGCACCCUUUUCGUGAAUACCAACGGUAUAAUAUCUUUCUCCAAACCGGUGAUUCAAUAUACGCCUCAGCCUUUUCCUCUAAAAAAAAGUAGUUUGAGUGUAAUAGCCCCGUAUUGGACGGAUAUAGACACCAAUUUAAACCAUGGAAAAGUUUUGGCCAGACAAACAACCGAAAAAAAGGAGCUAGAAGAUUUUACCAAAGAUAUCAAAGAUUCUUUUCCGACUUACAAGAAUUUCAAGGCAUUUUGGGCACUUAUAGCCACCUGGGAUAAGGUUACCUUUUACGGAGGCAAUGAAACUAGUCCGACUAAUACAUUUCAAGCUUCUCUAGUAACUAAUGGCAGACAUUCAUUCGUAAUUUUCAAUUAUCCUCAACUUUUAUGGACUACGGGAACGGCGAGUGCUGGUAAUUCUUUAGGUUUGGGAGGAAGACCUGCUAUGGCGGGUUUUAAUGCCGGUGAUGGGAAAAAAUAUUUUGCUUUACCAGGUUCGAGGACCGAGAAGAUAUUAGAUAUCAGUAAAUCAAGCAAUGUUAAAACACCUGGAAAUUGGAUAUUCAAAGUCGACGACAAUAAAAUCAUUAACGGCGGUUGCAAUACGAAAGGGACUCUCGUAUUACAACCUGCUCAAGGUAGUAUGUUGGGCGGAAAUGUUAUUAAAAUAACGGGCCCAUGUUUUAAUAAACCCAAAGUGAAGACCAGUAAGAGAGCCGAUCAAUCGGAUAAUAAUAAAAUGCAGGACGAAGGAGACAAAUCCAAUCAAAUUAAAUGUAUGAUGGGAAACGAAGUAGUCGAUGCGAAACUUGACGAAGAGACCGACACCGUAUCCUGUAUAACUACCUCGUUUCCCGGGGCUGGACAAAUUCCUAUAUUUUUGUCUAUAGAUAAUGGACAAACUUUCCCAUUUUACGGAAUUUACAAUUCGAUCAGCCCUGAAAAUAUCAAACCAGCCAUAAAUAGGCGAAACAUGCUAAACUGGACUCAUACACCGGAAGGUCCUUACAUAAUGCAAUGGGAACCAUUAAGUCUUCCUGAUGUUGAAAAUGUCGACAUUGAUUUGAUGGGUUAUAAAGAAGAAAAGGGCAAAUUCGUUCCAAAAUUUUACCCCAUAGCUCACGACGUUCCAAACAACGGAUAUUUUUAUAUAGAUCCAUGGAGAGUUGAAUACAGAGCUCAUGACAUAAAAGUAGGGGCUUUACGCGUAACUCCUAAAAGGGAGCGAGAAGAUGACAUCGAGAUUCGAAAUACUCCUGCUCUUUGGUCCGACUUGCACAUAUUAGGCUGGUUUCUGAGGGGCGAAAAAUCGCAGGCUGAAUUUGAAAAGGAAGCAUUAUCUCUCUGUUUACAAGCUAUCGAAGUCGAUAAAGGAAGAGCGUGGGAAAUGUUGGACCUUCCUACCUGCCCUUGCAUAGCCUGGCAAGCCAAUAGAGACCUCCUCUCUUUUGAAAGAGAUCCCAUUUGCACGAUUAGCAACUUUUAUAAUCCUCUUCAACCCGAUAAAAUGGGAUGCCCGGCCAAAGGGAAUGACACCUGGUCGUGUUAUAGAUCAAUAUUUCCAAGUUCAAACGGCGCUGGCCAACAAUGUUGCUACAAAUCAAACGGAGAGUUAAUGCUAAAUCAAAGAGGUGAAACAGGGGCCGGCACUAUAAAAUUAGCUCAUCCUAAAGGAACUAUCGAAAUAUCGCCUUAUGACCCCCGGAGAUCUCAAGAACAGCAAACAAAAUCAAUUAACAGCGGGAAAAAAGCUUUUUAUAUUCCGAUUGUUUCGAAUUUGAUGAUUGAUGAGUUCCCUGCUAUGGCAUGUUGUCACUGGACUAAAUCUAGCAUGUGCAAGGAAUUUUUGAAUAGACGUCCUUCUGAUGAUUGUCACGGUUAUGAACCACCUAGAAUAGGUUCUUGA